CAUAUCAAAAAACGGGGGGAGAGGGGGGUGGUGUUGGCUGGUGGCGAUGAUUGUGUUGUGUUAGUAAGUAAUUGGUUUCUAAUAAUUAGUUGCCCUUUUCCCGCGAGUCAGUACGAUUCGAACAACGGUAAGAUUCGGUUUUGCUGUAUUCGGUGUAAGAAAACGCGAGUGAAUUUAAGGUUCGUUCACAUAUACGUGUGGGUACGUCGAUAAAAUCGAUAAACCUUUUGUCCAGCAAGAAGGUGUUAGCAGACGACUUGUGUUUGCACGCGUUAACUGUCGUGAAAUGAAAGUAUCUUAUUAUCCCUAAGCUGGUGUUGCCAUUCGACACGUUGCACAGCUGUUGGUCGUCCAAGUGUAUUGAGAAACUGGAUCAAAACAAUCGAUUCAAUUGAACGACGAUCGAACGUGGCAAAGUGGAAUGUAUAGAGUAGUGAGCGGAGAUGAAAGUUGUGGAAAAUAUUCGUCACCUUCAAUUGCUAACCUAAAAUGGUGCUAAAGUUAAGAAAAGUUUAACCCGAUCCGACCAGUGUGAAUUGUGAAGUGAAACGCAGUUUGCAUAAGUGAUCUGAAGACGGAAAGAUACGUUCCGCUGGCCAUACUUGGGUGAAAUUUGCGUACGAAAGCAAUGGCGUGCUUUGCGAAGAUCUUUGGCAGAAAGCACGGUUCGUUCAAUCUGCCCGGUGCCGGUACGGGCGAUGGUGAAGUUGUGGCUACACGUGUUACGAGGCGGCUUUACGAUGAGGAGCUUAAUCAAACGAUACCGCCAGUAAACCGAACCAAUGGACAUAUCGGAUUGGAAAAGAUGGCGGCACCUUCAGCACCUUCACCACCAGCAGCAGCCGAAGCAAAAUCCAUCACCGUGGUACCGGUGGUGGUCAAAUCAAACGAACGUGAGUCAGGGCUGGGAUCGUUGGAUGAACAAUUAAACAUUACAAGCAGCGCUACCACAAACGACACUAAUCGCGAGCCCGAUCCUUUCGGUUCACCAGAGGAACCGUGGAACGUACAGGUACAUGCAGACCCACACAGGACAGUACCGACGGUUGUGGUACCGGCAGCACCAAUAGUCGAGCGACGCGCAUCGAAACCAAGGGAUUCCGAGAAAGCGAAAAUAAGCUGCAGUUCCCGUGAGGCUUCUACGAUCGAACCACCAUCCAGCCAGGGCCAGCAGCAACUGGUGAAGGAGUUGCUGCAGAACAAAAUUCUACACAUGCUGGCACUGCAGUCGAAGGGAUACAAACAGUUGACGAAGAGUGAACGGUCAACAUUGGUCCGGUUGGAGCAAGAAAUUGAAGAGCUGCAAGCGAAGAGUAAAACUCCCGAACCGGCAAUACAACACAAGGGCGACCUUAAGCAGACAGAGGAACAAAAAGUUGAUCCUGACCGGAACAGUGUUAGCUCGUACGUAACGAAUCUCCCACCAUCGGUGAAAGCACCGCUAAUAGAGCAAUCAGUGCCGAAUGGUGAAAACCUCACUCAGGAAAACCAUAGCGAGGAACACCUGCAAGACGGAGAGAUGUCCGACUACGAUGUAAUCCCGAUGCAGAAAUCAUUGGAAGAUAUCGUCCCGGAAGCACCAAGUUCGGAGGAUGAUAGAUCGACGGUACUGCCACCAGAUUUACCACCUCGUUUGAGUAGAGUUAACAUCCUGGAAGAAGCGGACGAUACCUCGCAGGAUGAGGAACCAACGCCACCGAAGCUGCCACCACCCAGAAGUCAACUCGAACAGAACGUUGUCGAUGAGGUGUUGAGCAGAUCGGUGCAGGAAACGAUCACACGACAAACUCUAAACGCACGAGAAGAAGAAAAGGAUAUUCCACUUCCAACAGUACCACCUCCAUCAAGGGAACCUCCCCCAGUUCCUUCGUCGGAUCAUUCCGAUCAAACGAUAGACGAUGAUCCACAAACUAUUCCCAGAAAAGAGAUGUUGCUGCGGAAGAUGUCAUCUCAGCGAUCCCUGAUAGAGGAACUAGACAAUACGACCGGUACGAUGAAGAAAACUCGCAAACAGGGUGUUGUGUCGGACAAAACCGAUCUGAAGGAGUCGAAAGAUAUCGUUAUCCCGACGCACCCGAAAAGCCCCGACACGGAGCUACUGAUCAAGACGGCGAUCGUAGCGAACGACUUCCUAAACAACAUGAUGGACGAGGAACGGUUACAUGCUGUAACGGCUGCCAUGAGUUCGAUGACAUUCCCACCGAACAGUUACAUUAUUAAGGAAGGUGACAUUGGGGCACACUUCUUCGUAUCGGAAGAGGGCACCUACGAGGUGGUGGUAGACAACAAGGUGAUUAAAUCGUUUGGUCGUGGCGUAGUGUUUGGUGAGUUGGCGAUCCUGUACAAAGCGAAACGUUUCGCUUCGAUUCGUGUAACGAGUGGGGCACGCGUUUGGUUGCUGGAGCGUAAAGUUUUCCAGAAAAUCAUGAUGAAGAGUGGUCGAAAAGAGCGGGAAGAGAAUGUUCGUUUCCUGAGCACGGUGUCCAUACUGAAGGAUCUGGAAAUUGAAAAGUUGCACAAAAUAUCCGAUCUUCUUAAACGGGAGUUCUAUGCAACUGGUUCGACCAUCAUUCAGCAGGGUGAUCCGGGUGAUAAGUUCUACAUCAUACGUGGUGGUAGUGUGAACGUGAUUAAAACCGAUAAAAAGGGUAACGAUCGUUUGGUGGGAACGCUUCAACGCGGUGCAUACUUCGGUGAGCAGGCUCUCCUGCACGAGGAUCGACGACUGGCCAGCAUCAUUGCAAACCCACCGGGAACCGAAUGUCUGACGCUGAAUCGCAUUGCAUUCAACGAGUUCUUGGGUGGAUUGGACAAACUGCGUGAGGUGAAGCUUUCCGACACGAUACCACGUAGCUCAACGAUGACAAAUAUUGUCUCAGAGUACGACCACAUCCAGUUGCAUGAUUUAACCUACAUCGGGACGCUUGGCAUCGGAGGGUUCGGACGGGUAGAGCUAGUACAGUACAAAACCCAGCAAACGUUCGCCCUCAAGUAUCUGAAAAAGAUCGAAAUGGUACGGCAACAGCAGCAGGAGCACGCCUACAGCGAAAAGGACAUCAUGCUAAGCUGCAACAGUCCGUUCAUCGUACGCCUUUACAAGACGUACCGUGAUAAGAAGUAUCUCUACUUCCUGAUGGAGGCCUGUCUCGGCGGUGACGUCUGGACGGUACUGCAGAAGAGCAAAUUCUUCGACGAGCGUACGGCGCGCUUCAUUACCGGCUGUGUCGUCGAAGCGUUCGAGUAUCUGCACAGCCGGAACAUGAUCUACCGUGACUUGAAGCCGGAGAACUUAAUGCUGGACGAGAAGGGUUACAUCAAGCUGGUUGAUUUUGGGUUCGCCAAGCGCAUCGGACCGAACCAGAAGACGUGGACGUUCGCCGGUACGCCCGAGUACGUGUCGCCGGAAAUCAUCCUCAACAAGGGUCACGACCGGGCCGUCGACUAUUGGGCACUUGGCGUACUGAUACACGAGCUGCUGGUCGGGAAGCCACCGUUCCGUGGCAAGAAUCACAUGAAAACGUACAACGCUAUCCUGCGUGGCAUCGACAUCAUUGAGCUGCCGUCUCGUGUGCCCAAGAAGGCACAGGUCUUGAUCAAGCGGCUCUGCAGACAGACGGCUGCCGAGCGGCUCGGAUACGGGAAGAACGGUAUAGCCGACAUCAAGAACCAUCCCUGGUUCGGUAGCUUCGAAUGGCAACGGUUGAAGGAACGUACGAUGCCGGCACCACUCAUCCGACCCAUCGUGUCCGAUAGCGAUCUGUCGAACUUUGACGAGUACCCGAAGGACCAGGACGAACCACCGGACGAAAUGUCGGGAUGGGAUAUUAAUUUUUAAUUUGUUCGCAUUAAGCAAAAACAAAAAUGCUUUACGCAGGCACAAUGCAGCCUAAAGGUAGGCAACCCGCACAAAACCCGUUGCAUCCAUUUUCCGCUUGUACGUUGUUUUUUUUUAAAGUAAUUUUCCCAGUAAGCCAUCCGUAAUGAACGUUAAUCAGUUUCAUGUUUUUAUGUUUGUUUUUUACCACCUUACAAACACACACAGGUACGUUGCGUGAUCUAUUAGGGUUGUUUGUGUGGUUGAAAUGGGAGCAACUGCGCGAAACGUGAUAUUCGAUGGAGCAUUAACAAUAAAAUUGGAUCUUACGAGAGUACGUUCCGUUACGGUGCAUCAUGUUCCA